AUGGGGUCUAUUCGCAAGCACUGGCGUAUUUCCCAUCAAUGGUCCCAACAGACCCACCGUGGACGUGUGAGCCAGAAUGCAAAGGCUGCGGGGGAGGCAGAGCUACAGCAAUCGUUCCAAUGCGUCUCAUGGCAGCAGGUGUUUCCCACUGGACGAGGAUCCCAUUAUAUCCACAUCCGCUAUCCAGAUGGUCACGAAACACCACCAUCCAGUGACCAGGUUCAGGCCACAGUGGAUGAGAUGUUGCAGGCGUGGGAGCAGGCACAGGCGCAGACAAACGCCCAUCGGACCGCCCAGGCCAGUGAGCUCACCGAUGCCAACCCAUGGCUGCGGAUGACAGGAUGGCCAGAUUACUUGACGGGCAUCGCGGAGAAGGAUAUGCGUGACUGCGUGGCGGCGCCGGAGGAAGAUGUCAUGGACGCAACCGAACAGCGGGUGCAGCUGAUCUGGAACACCAUGGAACAGGUCGCGCGAAAGAGUCAGCAGACAGUCCAGCGAUGUGGCCAAGCCAUCCGCAUGGAAGCGGUUCGGACACAGAAAGGGCAGAUGCCAUACCGGCCAUUAUUAGCGUAUAUGGACGAGUCGGCGAUCAAGAGGCAUGUGCACCCAUGGCAGCAGAUAUUAACAUUCAUCGCCCGGACGCAGGUCCCGCAUGAUUGGACAAGUCCAAAAUAUGGGAUGACAGCGCGACAGCGCCGAAAAUGGUGUAAGUUGUGGGAGCUUACUAGCCAUCCCCCGCGCAGCAGCCCAGUGGAGGACCCCCAGAUGGAGCCAUGGAUCAUGGAUGACAGGAAAAAAGCAUGCUUGGAGUUUUGCAUUGAGUUGCUGAACCAGCGCCAUCGCAGCCAGGAAUAUGAGAGUGCAUUAGUCUGCGCCAUGGCGGUGUUAGGCCAGGGGGAGACCGGCUGGCGCGACCCCGAGAGUUAUCCCCCGAUAUUAUCGCAGGUGAUCAAGAUCGCGCGGUUCAUGGUGGUCCAGAAGGCAUUAUGGAUGGAUCCGAACCCGUCCGAGAUCAUUCAGAUUUGGGGGAGGAAGGACGCCAGUGCGGAAUGGGUGUUGUCCAGUGCCGAUGACUCAUUAGGAGAGAUUGAUGAGGGAUAUGAUAGCGAUCAUGCCACCGCAGUGCAGUCAUCACCGCCAUCAUCCAUCCGCAGUGAUGAUGCAUUGCCCGCAGUAGAUAUGCGCCAGCAGGGCUGUCGACCAUUCCAGGAGCAGGUGACGUGGAUGAUGCACCAGUUCAUGAUCCGCGGCACCCAUGGCCCCAUGGAAACGUUGCUGGAUUGGCGCACAUAUGGGUUGAAGGUGCAUUACAACACCACCGCCCCCGGGCAUGUGACAUGGAUGGGUGAGGACCAGUUAUUGUACCAACAGAUGCAAUUCACCAUGGGCAAUUUCCGGGGAUUCGUUCACGGAUUGACGACUGCAACACAGGACAUAUUAUGCCAGUUAUGCAGCAAGGAUCAUGACCAGAUGCCGCCCAUUCCAUGGACGGCGUUGUACGACGACCCGAGCCAGAGUCAGCGUGGGUGGAAUUUUUUGCGGGACGCACGGACGCAGUGGCCCGUGGAUGGGUCCCGCUGGAUGAUCGACCGGGUACGGGCCGAGCCGCCCAUGCAGGAGCAGUUUAUGCGGGGCGGCUGGUUCCAUACCCCAUUAAUCCGACAGUAUUGGCAGCGCGUGGCGCAAUUUAAGGAGAAGCUGGCUAUUCCACAGGGGGCGGCGACUGUACUUGACACCGAGCUAGGGUUUAGCCCAGAGCGGUAUAGCGGCAGUGAUAUUGGGGGGUUGAACCCCAUCAUCAUUCACCCAUUCGAUUUCAAGCCAGUAUAUCAGUACACAUCAUCAUUCAGAAUAGAAGAGCAGAUUUUCAUCCAGCUUCCCCAGCCACCGAUCAUUAUCUGCCGGACCUGCCGCCAUGGCGUGUGGCCGGCUGAGGUGGAAAGCCAUCUCCGGGGGAAAGCCCAUCGAUUACCCCAGGCCACUGCGAAGCAGAUUCAUCAGGUCAUCCAGACAUGGGAGGGUGUCGAGCAUGACCCCCAAGCAGUUCAAUGGCCCAGUCGGAUCGCCCAGUCAAUUCCACACCUGGAUGAAUACCCCGAUGGGUUAUUGUGCCAGCGAGACCUGGCCGAUUGCCAAUUCAUCACCCGUUCACUCGAUACAUUAAAACGGCAUUGGCGCGAACAUCAUGGAUGGACAGCACCAAAUCAUAGGGGUCGAUCACACCCACAGGAGCAGGAACAGGCGCAGAUCGCGAUCCAGCAGGGAUAUCAGGUGGUGACCUGCCAGCGGUUUUUCCCGUCCCGAAAAGGGUCCCAUUACAUCUGGGUGCCGUGCCCGAACCAGCAGCCCGAGGAGCAACCCAGGACGGCGCCCGCCCACCACGUCCAGGCCACAGUCGAUGCAGUGAUCCAGGCAUGGGAGCAGGCCCAGGCGCAGGCCAAGGCUGAUCGGGUCAUCCAGGCCAGUGAGCUCACCGAUGCCAACCCAUGGCUGCGGAUGACGGGCUGGCCGAAUUAUUUAAAGGACGUCGCGGACAAAGAUAUGCGUGACUGCGUGGUGGCACCAAAGGAAGAUACCAUGGAUGCGACUGAGCAGCGCGUGCUAGUGAUCUGGGACACCAUGGAGGAGGUCACUCGAAAAGCCCAGAAGACAGUCCAACAAUGUGGUCAAGCCAUCCGCAUGGAAGCCGUUCGAUCGCAGAAAGGCCAGAUGCCGUACCGGCCAUUAUUGGCAUAUAUGGAUGCCACCGCGAUCAAGAGGCAUUCCGAAAUAUGGGAUGACUGCGCGACAGCGCGACAGCGCAAGAAAUGGUGCAAGUUAUGGGAGCUUACUGGCCAUCCCCGACGCAGCAGCCCCGACCCGAUGGAGGAUAAUCCCCAGAUGCAGCCGUGGAUCUUGACAGAGAUUGAAAAAGCAUGCUUGGAGUUUUGCAUUGAGUUGCUGAACCAGCGCCAUCGCAGCCAUGAAUAUGAGAGUGUAUUAGUCUGCGCCAUGGCGGUGUUAGGCCAGGGGGAGACCGGCUGGCGCGACCCCGAGAGUUAUCCCCCGAUAUUAUCCCAGGUGAUCAAGAUUGCGCGGUUCAUGGUGGUGCAGAAGGCAUUAUGGAUGGAUCCGAAUCCGUCGGAGAUCAUUCAGAUUUGGGGGAGGAAGGACGCCAGUGCGGAAUGGGUGUUGUCUAGUGCCGAUGACUCAUUAGGAGAGAUUGAUGAGGGAUAUGAUAGCGAUUAUGCCACCGCAGUGCAGUCAUCACCCCCAUCACCCAUCCGCAGUGAUGAUGCAUUGCCCGCAGUGGAUAUGCACCGGCAGGGCCGUCGACCAUUCCAGGAGCAGGUGACGUGGAUGAUGCACCAGUUCAUGAUCCGCGGCACCCAUGGCCCCAUGGAAACGUUGCUGGAUUGGCGCACAUAUGGGUUGAAGGUGCAUUACAACACCACCGCCCCCGGGCAUGUGACGUGGAUGGGUGAGGACCAGUUAUUAUACCAACAGAUGCAAUUCACCAUGGGUGAUUUUCGGGGAUUCAUCCAUGGUUUGGUGACUGCGACGCGGGAAAUAUUAUACCAGUUAUGCAUGAAGGGCCAUGACCAGAUGCCCCCCAUUCCAUGGACAGCAUUGUACGAUGACCCGAGCCAGAGUCAGCGCGGAUGGAAUUUUUUGCAGGACGCACGGACCCAGUGGCCCGUGGAUGGGCCCCGCUGGAUGAUCGACCGGGUACGGGCCGAGCCGACCGUGCAACGGGAGUUCAUGCGGGGCGGUCGAUUCCAUUCCCCCGCAAUCCGACAGUAUUGGCAACGCGUGGCUCAAUUCAAGGAGAAGUUAGCAGUUUUAGUCCACGUCACCGCAGGAGCGCCAGCACGCGCCCCAGAGUUGUUAAGCAUUCAACAUAGCAACACCGCGAAUAGCAUGCGCCGGAACAUAUAUAUUGAAGACGGCAUGGUGACGUUUGUGACGGCAUAUCACAAGGGGUUCCACACCAGCAAUGAUGUCAAGAUCAUCCAUCGAUAUGUGCCGCGGGAGGUCGGGGAGUUAGUGGUGUGGUAUAUGUGGUUGGUGUUGCCGUUUGUAGAGCAGUUAGCUGCAUGGGACGCCGCGCAGGCAGCGCAGGGAGCGGCAUCACAGGCAGCGGCAUCACAGGCAGCGGCAUCACAGGCAGCGGCAUCACAGGCAGCGGCAUCACAGGCAGCGGCAUCACAGGCAGCGGCAUCACAGACGAACCAGACGAACCAGACGAACCAGACGAACCAGACGAACCAGACGAACCAGAGCAACCAGAGCAACCAGAGCAACCAGACAUCCCAGACAUCCCAGACAUCCCAGAGUAGGACCGUCGCCCACACGGCAUGGUUAUGGGGCCCCGAUCCAGGCACCGGCCGUGAAUGGUCAUCCGAGCGGUUCCGGGAGGCAUUGAAACGGGAAACACGCACCCGAUUAGGGACUGCCAUCCACAUUGCGGCAUAUCGGGACAUCGCCAUCGGCAUCAGCCGCCGGUUUUUACCCAUGGAUGCAGAUGCUGAGGAGUUUAUGGAUGAUGAGCAGUGGAUCGGCCACAUUGCUGACUUGCAGGCCGCCCAUUCAUCCCAUGUCGCAGGCAUGGUGUACGGUCGAAGUAUCCACGAACAAGCUGGCAGCACCAACCACCGGCGCGAGAUGUUCCGGUUAUCCAGCACCGACUGGCAUCAGUUUUUGGGGUUUGCAUCCGCAGCCACCGCACCAUCGAUAUUAGGCAAGCGCAAACGAGCGCCAUGGGAGGAUGAAGCCGAGGUCAGUCGCAUCGAGCGCCGCCACCAGCUGGCCACCAUGGAUAUGGAAGCAGCCGCGCAGCGAAUGACCGGGCAGCCCACCAUGCGGUUCCGGGGGGUGCAGGACCCGGCCAUCCGGGCCAUCCAGCGGGGGGAGAGCCCCGUGGUUGCGGUGAUGCCGACCGGGGGCGGCAAGAGCAUGUUGUUCAUGGUGCCCGCGUUCGCCACGCCCGGCGGCACGACCGUGGUGGUGGUGCCGCUCGUCGCAUUAAGGGCAGAUAUGACGCGGCGGUGCCAGCAGCUGGGCAUUUCAUGCGUGGCAUGGGAGAGCCGAUGUCCCCCCGACGCCGCGUCGAUCGUGUUGGUGACCCCCGAAUCCGCAGUGAGCCCCGAUUUCCACACAUUUUUGAAUCGAUUGCGGUGGACGCGGCGAUUAGACCGCAUUGUCAUCGACGAAUGCCAUGUGGUGUUGAACGACCAGCGGGAUUUUCGUCCACGGAUGGCCCAGUUAGGGAAAUUAGUGCAGGCCCGCACCCAGAUGGUAUGGUUGACCGCCACGUUGCCCCCGAGCAUGGAGGAUGAGUUAUGCCGGCGGAUGAAGCAUGAUCGGACCGCCGUGACCAUUUACCGGGCCCGGACGAGCCGUCCGAACGUGGCAUACCGGGUAUGGCGCCCCGUGUUGACGGGGGUCGGCCGGGGUCCGUACCAGUGGAUUGAGAGUGAGGCUGUGGUGGCAUUCAUUCAGGACCGUAUUCAACGGGCGGCCGGUGGCAAGGUGAUCAUAUAUGCGAAUAUCAUUGGGCAGGUGACAGCCAUGGCGCGGGUAUUGGGGUGCGAGGCGUAUUAUAGCGACCAGCUGGACAAGGCCGGGGUGUUGGACCGAUUCAUGGGAGGUAGUCCAGUCAUCGCAGCCACGAGCGCAUUAGGAAUGGGGGUGGACAUCCCCAAUAUCCGCAGCAUCAUCCACAUUGGCACACCGCGGACGUUGUUAGAUUAUGCGCAAGAAAGUGGCCGAGCAGGACGGGAUGGCCAGCAGAGCGAGGCGAUCAUCAUUCAACCGGCUGGAUGGGGUGCGCCAGCACCGUGGAUGGAGGGGGUAUCCGCGGAGGAUCAGGAGCGAGUAGCAGAGUACAUGGGGGUGGUGGAAGGGGUUGGGUGUCGCCGGGUGGUGUUAGAUCAGUAUUUGGACGGGGUGGUAGAUGGGUACCAGCGUCAGCAUUGCCAGGAUCAGGAUGGGGCCGAGCAGGCGUGUGACGGGUGUGACCCCGAUUGGGAGGGGCGGGAGGUGGAUCCACCCGGGGUCGGCCGCAGCCAGGUGCCGCGUGAGGCCGGCAGCAUGAUCCAGAGGGAUGCAAGCCCGGAGGCCCCGUGCGAGGCAGGGAGGCAGCGACCCCAGGUUAGCCGCAGCCAGGUGCCGCGUGAGGGCGCCAGCGAGGCCCCGCGUGAGGCAGGGAGGAUGGUAGGGAGGGAUGCACCCCCAGCAGCCCCGUGUGAAGCAGGCAGCAUGAUCCAGAGGGAGACACCCCCCAAGGCCCCGCGCGAGGCCCCAGCAGCAUCAGCCAGUCCCACAUCAUCCCAUGAUUCAUUUUGCAGCCAGCCAUCCAUUCCCAUAGGUGUAUGGCAUGUCCAGCAGGCCCAGGCCCAGCAGUGGGCCGCCAUGGAUAUCCAGCAGCAGAAGCAUCGGACCCAGCAGGGUUUAGAUGAGGAGAUGGCCCAGGCGGAGUGCAUGCAGUGGCGGGACCAAUGUUAUAUAUGCGCCAUGCAGGGGUAUGAUAGUAGCCAUGAGUUAUAUUCAUGUCAUCAGCCCCACAGCCAGGCCGCACGGGCAUGGAUGAUUCGCGUGCGGCGGCAGGUCCAAUAUGCCCCAUAUAGCGCAUGUUAUUCGUGUGGCAUGCCCCAAUCCAUAUGCCAUGGGUGGGAGCCGGGCCAUCCAUGUGAAUACCGCGGGUUUUUAAUCCCCAUGGUGGCCAUGAUGUUGUUCGGGCCAUGGCAGGGCCAGAUUAAGCCCAUAUGGCAGCGCCGGUUGCAGGGAAUGGGGGUUAAUGGGCAGGAUGAGGCCCAGGUGGUCCAGUUUUUAGGGCAGGCCCACCCCAACCAGGAGGGGCACAGCCAGUUAUUUGUAUCAUUUUGUUGGUUAUGGCGGUUAUGCCAGGAGAUUAAGGAUUAA